UCAGAUCUCCAUCUUAUGUAUUCAAAAUUGUAUCUGGAAAACUUGACUGCGAGAUAUUCGUACGGCACAGUAACUCAAAAUAUUUUCACAGCUGGAAUAAUCUUCUAAAGAGGACCAUUCUUUUGGGUGAAAAAAAAAUCCAUGUAGAUCUAUCUGUCGGGCAGUGGCUUGAAUCUCUCGAUUACACGUGCCCAUAUUCAUAUGUAUAUAUGACAGUUAGAAUCACAUUUCUGUUUACGUUCGCACUAUAAGUUGGUCAAAAUUAGCAUAAAGUUAAUGUUUUUUAAUUAGUAAGUAGAAAGACUAUCCAGCCGCUGGAUAAAAUGUCUACAUUGUUCCCAAAAAAAAAAAAUAAAAAUAAAAAUACACGAAUUUUCUGGCAUUUAUACAAAACUUGAUUUAUCAUCCAAUUGAAUAAAAACAAACUCGAUCCUUGAUUCUCGCAACGAGGUAUACACACACAAAAUAUAAGACUAGCAAUAUUUUGCGGUAUGUAUUAACGUUUUACUUUGCCGUGUUUGGUGGCGGAAGGUGUUUAAUGUCCCAAUAUGUAUACCUUUAACAGAUGCUGCAGAUAUCAUGCACCAUUUAUGAAGGAUGAUAAGAGCAGGACACGCAGCUACUAAACAGACGGCAGUCUCCGAAGCACACGACAGUGACCUGAACUACAGAGAACUUUUCACAUUGCGUGGACUCCGCGGAGUGCCCAUUUAUCCGCAGUGGCCGGUCUCAAUAGACAUUAAUCAGUGAUCGUGAGCGACAAAAUUACCAUUGCUAACCUUAUUUAACUGGACACCUGGCCCGUUACCUAAGCUUGAUGGUGACCUCUUGUAAACUUAAACCAGGAACUUACUAAAACAAACAGCAUCUUAAAAAGAGGCAUCGGUUUUCAUCGGAGUUGGUUUGGAACAAGUGAUGAUGUAACAUACCAGAUCCAAUUGGCCUUCGUUAUUUAGCAGCGAACCAUUACGGAUUGCAUUUACAACAGACAUUGGGCAGAUGUUCCAUAUCUAAAGAUUUACAUAUCAGGAUAUGUAGAGGCCACAUCACUAACAAAACAACACACAGUGAAAGCAGCUUAAGUUAUUUUAUCCGUCAUUGUUAUAUAGGGGUUUUCACUAGAGUAGAAAAGAAACCAGUCUUUGGUGAUGUGCCACGACUUCUGACGCAUGUAUGACUCUCACGCCCGUAACAAUAACGGUUCAUUGUUGUAUCUUCAACUUGAUUGAUAGACGGAAUUUCAUACAAAGCAAAGCAGAGUCUUUCCCCCAAAGUAUUACUCGGGUAUGAAGACCGUUCUCGAAAAAAAGAUGGCGUGCCCGUGCACAUAAAGCGAUCCACGAUGUAUGGGUUAUUAUUGGAAUCAGUCGAAAUAUACUUGAAGGAAACUUAUGGUGACGAUGCGUGGGAGAAAAUUCGGAAGUUGGCUCGCGUGGAGACGAUGGCAUUCUCAACACACAAAAGGUACUCCGAAAGCAUCAUUCCUGACCUAGCUCGAGCUUGCUCUCUCGUUCUAAAUAUUGAAGAGGAUGACAUCAUGGAUGCCUUCGGUGUGUCGUUUGUAAGUUUUGUGGGUCAGUAUGGUUACGAUAAAAUUUUGAGUGUACUCGGCAGAAACAUGCGUGAUUUCCUCAACGGACUCGACAAUCUCCAUGAGUAUCUACGCUUCAGUUACCCAAAACUCAAACCCCCGUCUUUCUUUUGUACAAAUGAAAGCACAACUGGCUUGACGCUUCAUUAUAGGAGUAAAAGGAAAGGGUUCGUCCACUAUGUUAAAGGGCAAAUUCGGCAAGUGGGAAAACUGUUUUACAAAGUGGAAAUCAUCAUCGAUGUCGUUAGUCUAGAGGUGCAGGAAAGUACGACCCACGUGGUCUUCAGGUUACACUUCGAAAACAACGCUUUCAAAGAAGAAUUGGUGAAGCAGCAAGCAUUCGCUUCGAACUCGCUCCCGUUGAAUAGUAGUGUAUUUUUUAACCUCUUUCCGUUUCACAUUGUCUUUACUAGGAGUUUUGAAAUUAGAGGAAUCGGCUCUGGGAUUGCUGCAGUGUUUCCAUCAGCAAAAGGACAAAAGCUUCACGCUCUUUUUUCUUUGACCCGUCCACUUAUCGGUUUUAAUUGGGAUAUGUUUGGUUUCAUUUUUGGCCAUACCCAGUGCACAAUUUUACAACAUACAAACAACGUUUUCGAACUGAUGUCGUACAAGUCUCUUAAGCGCUCAGGAUGCCCUUUUGAAGAAAUUGCGAGAGAAGCAUUUAAAAAGAGCAAUGAAAACGAUAAAAAGGAGAAUCCUUUGAGCCCCACGGACACUCUCAGUAGUGACGGAGCCGAUGACCAGGAGGAUUCUCGAAAGGUUAAACUGUUGGACAAGGAGUCAUCAGACGAGGAAGAAGGAUACCACAUUCGCCUCAAGGGUCAGAUGAUGUACAUGAUGGAAUGGGAGUGUAUUAUAUUCCUAGCCACGCCUAUGUUGGAAGACCCUGAUGCAAUGUUCCGGGCUGGGCUGUAUAUAAAUGAUCUCAGUAUGCAUGACUCGAGUCGAGACUUAGUUCUGGCUGGGACCCAGCAGUCAGCGGAAUUAAAGCUUGCCCUGGAUCAGGAGCAACAGAAGAGCAAAAUAUUGGAGGAAAGUAUGAGAAAGUUGGAUGCUGAGAUGAAGAGGACGGACUCGCUGCUCUAUCAGAUGAUACCAAAACCAGUGGCGGAUCGACUGAGGCGGGGCGAACCAGCCAUAACUACCUGUCAGGUUUUUGACAAUGUGACGAUCUUAUUUAGUGACGUUGUCGGGUUCACGUCAAUAUGCAGUCAAAUUUCACCAAUGGAAGUUGUAUGCAUGCUCAACGCCAUGUACACCAAGUUUGAUCAACUCAGCGAACGCCAUGGAGUUUAUAAGGUUGAAACAAUCGGCGAUGCCUAUAUGGUCGUGUCUGGAGCUCCAGAGAUAACGGCAUACCAUGCCCUCAACAUUUGUAACAUGGCGAUGGAUAUGAUAUCCUCCAUGGUGGAGCUCUCGGAUCCGUCCACGGGAGGACACAUGCGAAUUCGUGUUGGCAUACACAGUGGAACAACAGUGGCUGGGGUAGUGGGUAUUAAAAUGCCUCGGUACUGUUUGUUUGGGGACACGGUAAACACAGCGUCCAGGAUGGAGACUAAUGGAGAGGCUAUGAAAAUUCAUAUCAGUCAGACCACUUGGGAUCAUAUUAAGGACCACCCCUUCAGAGUGGAAGAACGUGGAUCCAUUCCCAUUAAGGGCAAAGGUAAUCUAAAGUCUUAUUGGUUGCUUUGUUUGGAUGACAAAGACACUGUAACGAAAUCUGUCACCAACACGCCUAGAAAAGAAUCGAAAACCACCCCAUCCCUAGACGCCAGAAGUCUUUACUCUCCUAUUUCUUUCGAAGAUCUACCACGGAAAAGGUCUAUGGACGCUUCCCUGGACGUCAUUAAACAAAACGAUCGAAAUAAUUCACUGGAUGCAUUGGCCAUAAGUAAAAGGAAUGGUUCCCUGGAUCUAACUUCACCUCCGUUCCGAUCAGUGGACAAGCAAAGGAGUUACUCUCCACAGGCAGAAAUACAGGUUAACUUUAGAAAGGCGUCGACAGACACUCAGAAUGGUGAAACCUCAAAGGUUAAAUUUGCUACAGGGAGUAAAAAAGGAUUUGAAGAUGGGAAAGGAUUUCUUGGUGAAGAGAAAAGUUCUUUAUGUCAAAUCUUGUAAAGAUAUUUAUCACAUUUAUUCUAAAGAAAUGGAAAAAUCCACACGUGUUCCCUUCCAAUCUUAAAUUGUUUGUUUAUACAUCGUAUAUAUACCCGAUGUGUACCAAAUAAAACUCAUAUCUUUACACGAAACGUCAAAUGCUCAUAAACCUGUUCUUAUUUGUAUCUGUGAUAUGCAUGCUAACUCUUUCUCUCUCCACUGAUUUUCGACAGUUUCGAUUCGUUCCAAUUUAUAGUGGAGAGAGAGUGAAUGCACCAUUGUUCCAAACAUUAAGAUGUCUAUAAUUUUCCUUUUUAAUAUAAUACAGUUAGUUUUUAUUCUAACCUUAUUUAUAGACUGUCUGAAUCCCUUGAAUUGUUAAAUUUGACGUUGUUCUGUACUCUACCCUAUACAUAUAUGGUUACAAGAGAUACUCAAUGUAAAAUUUCUAUUAAAAGAUUGGUAAUUUUG